AUGUCGAUAUCCGAGCGUCGGCGGACGCGCUUCCUCAGUGACGGCGGCGACUCGGCCGGUGCCCUCCUCGCAGACGUGGACGUUCACGGCUUUUCUCAAGUGAAAACGAACUCGCCGGUCGCGAGACUCCCGGACGCAGACUGGGUGAGGGCCAUGGACGCACCGGACAGGCACGACACCAUGGUGGAGGCCACGGAGCUGGCCCAAAACAACGAGUACAAGUCGUAUCACUCCGGCGUGGUGAUCGCGAGCUACUGCGUCGUCGCGGUCGUGGCGGUGCUCGCCGCGCGCGACGUGCAGAAACAGCGCGCGGCUCGGCCGGGUGGCGUGAGCGCCGAUCUGGUGGGCGCGGCUGCGGGAAAGGACGGAGUGAGCAGGUUCGCGCUGGGCCUCGGACGCUUGUUCUGGCUCCUCUUCGGCGUCUUCUUCGUCGGGUACCACCUGUGCUACGAGAACAUCCUGCACCACACCGACGGCAUGGAGUACCUCAGCGACUGGACCAUAGUCUUGCUCUGUUUCGUCAUGGGAUUACUGUCGUGGCACUCUCUGGUGAAGGACCCCGAAGGCUCCGUGCCCGGGUGGGUCACGGAACUCGCCGUCAUCGCUUACGCCGUGGCGUGGAGCAGCAACAUCAUGUCCACCGUGGGCGCGUGGUACAGCUUCUUCUUCUACCCCAUAUGCGAGACGCUCGAAGGGGUGAACAACUGGCCGUGGUGCUACCUGGAGUGGUACAGGCUGACCGAGCACGGGCUGAACAUGCUGGUUCUGCUCGGGGACUGGAGGUGGGGGUGCGUUCCGCUGCGACGAAAAGACUUAGGGUGGAGCGUGUUGUUUCUGGAGGUGUACGCGCUGUGGGCGUGGUAUCUGAUGUUCAAAACGGGCCGAUGUCCGUACGACAUGUUUGACUUUGCCACCGGGUGGGGCGAGCUGCCGUGGUUGAUGGCCGCGUUGGGCGGGAUCGCGAUCUGUCACGCGCUGGCGAGGUGGGCGCACGUUCGUAGGGACGACGCGGCGGGGCGGGAUCCGGAGGGCGAAGGGGGCGGGACGCUGCCGACGCGUGCACGUCAAGGGGGCGGGUACAAAUCCCUGGACGGAUCCGGGUAG